CAACAAGAGCUGUUGAAAUUCGACACAGAAAUUCUAUCCGAAAGAGUUGGGGGAAUGAAUCUGUGGUUCCAGGUGUUGAUGUUGUUCGGUUGUUUAUGCUUGGCAUUGAGACCAAGGAUGCAAAUGAGGACCUACUGAUGAGAGAAAGUGAACAAUAUCACGAUAUUAUUCAACAGGACUUCCUGGACACUUAUAAUAACUUAACCCUUAAAACUAUGAUGGGCAUGAA